UCCUUUGUACAAAGAUACUAGCCAGCUAGCCUGACCCACGUCCACUUUUAUGAAGGUACGUUUUAUGUGCAAUUGUUUUCUGAAUAUCCGGUUAAAAAGAUAGAUCUCAGAAGUCAGAAUAGAAAGUUAGUUGAAGUUUGUUUAAUUCAAGUUUGUUAGAGAUGUUACUUUUGUUGGCAUUUGUGGGCAUCACAGCCGGAGAGUUAGUCAACAUCGCCGAUAAGGGGUCGAUAAGUGCGACAUCUACAGGAUGGGGCGGAGUUGCCAGUCGAGCUAUAGACGGUAGAACUGAUGGCCAUUGGGGCAGAGGCUCCUGCUACCACUCCUCACAAGCAAAAGGAGGCAAGCUGACUCUGUCAUUACCUGGGGAGGAGUUGGGGGCUACAUGGCCGGUUCAGAGCAUCAGUGUCUUCAACAGACUGGAUCUCUGCUGUGACCAGCGAAUUCAGGGCGUAGAAGUGUGGCUGGAUGAGCACAUGUGCGGAGCUCUUACCUUCGUGGAGGGGCAGCACGAGUAUACAGUAGACUGUGAAGGGAAGAUGGGCAGUACUGUUACUGUUUACCAUCCUACUCAGUACCUACAAGUGUGUGAACUGAGAGUCUUUGUUGACGACUCGUACAAGCCCGACAUACCGAGUUAUGUGAAUGUAGCCAAGGAGGGUGAAGCUACUUCAACUAGUGUAGGUUGGGGAGGUGUAGCCAGCAGGGUCAAAGACGGCAACACAAACGGCUAUUGGAGUGGAGGAUCGUGCUCGCACUCAGGUAACGCUGGUAACAACAGAGUAACAGUCACCCUGCCUUACUCUGAUAUUGGUAUCAAGUAUCCCGUCUCCGCAGUUAGAGUUUACAACAGAUUAGACACUUGUUGUGAUCAGAGAAUCGACAAUGCUCAAGUAUUUGCCGACGACCAUAUGUGCGGACAGAUCAAGUUCGAGGAGGGAAAGAAAGCGUACAUGGUCGACUGUGGCAACAAGACUGCUGGUGAGGUUUCAGUACGAUUGUCUGCUGGCUGGCUCCAAGUUUGCGAACUUGAAGUUCUCGUUUUGGAGGAGAACAUUCCAACUGACAUUCCUAAGUUUAUCAACGUAGCAGCCGAUGGUACAGCAUCUUCCUCUUCAAUGGGAUGGGGAGGUGUUGCCAGCAGAGUAAUAGAUGGAAACAGAAACGGAAUGUGGGGCGGACAAUCGUGCCAGCAUUCAGCUGGAAAUGGAGGACAACAUUCAGUUUCAGUAACACUACCAGCUGGAGAUUUCGGAGUCAAGUACCCUAUCUCUUUUAUUAGCAUCUACAACAGGCUGGACGCUUGUUGUGAUCAGAAAAUCAACGGGGCGAUGGUGUACGCUGACGAGCACCAAUGUGGACAAAUCCAGUUCCAGGAGGGCAAACAACCUUACCAGUUUAACUGUGGAAACUUCUCGGCAGGUUCAGUCUCUGUCAAACUCAGUAGCGGACAAUCUCUGCACGUGUGCGAGAUAGAAGUGCUAGUUUUGGAAGAGAACAUGCCAAAGAACAUCCCAGUAUUCUCUAACGUAGCUCAGGGUAGACCUGCUUCUCAGAGUUCUGUAGGGUGGGGAGGCGUUGCAAGUCGUGCUGUGGAUGGGAACACCAACAAGCAAUGGCCCGGCCAAUCCUGUACCCAUUCUUCUCAAGCGACUGGUAACUGGUGGACAGUGCAGCUUGAUCAAGAUGAGUACAUUCAGAGCAUCAAGAUCCACAACAGACUGGACUGCUGCUCCAACAGAAUUAACGGUGCCAAGGUGUGGGUAGGUAUAGGAUCAGAAUGGGAGCUGUGUGGGGAAGUGAACUACGACGGAUCCCCUGUCUUUGUGAUUCCGUGUAACAAGUACGGGAACGGUGUUAAAAUAACAAAUGAUAACAGUUAUCUUACUCUUUGUGAGGUUGAGGUUAUGGUGCCAGAGGAGGUCCCUUCGGAAGUGAUCGAUGAAGAAUAGACAUUAGUGUUCAGUGAUCACGUCAUAGUAGUAGUGUGUCUAGAAACAUCAGUUCUUUUUGUCGUUUUAUUUAUUGAAAUUUAAUUAUUCGAGUAAAAUCUUCUUCUUCUUACUUCCUUACAUAUGGCAUU